AUGAAUAAUGAUAAUACAAACAAUGAUGCAAAUUACAAUGAAUUUGAACUUCAGCUUCAAAGAUUUUAAUUUUCGCUCUAUGCUUUCGGAUUUAAUUUUUAUUUAGACAAUCAGGAAUUUAAUAGAGGAGAUUCCUUUGGUGAAGAGGAUGAUAUAGUAAGAGGUUAGAGAUUAGCCCAAAGAAGAGAAAGAAAUUCGCCAAGGGAAAAAUAUUAAAAUCUUUAAAAAUAUCUUCAAAAGCGCACAGAGCCUAUACAAAAUGAUCAUUUAGAUUAGAGUUAACCUUACAUCAAAGUUACUUGUCAAAGAAAUACGAAUGUGAAUAAUCAAUAUUUUAUUAACGAAUUUGGACUGAUUGGCUCGCUAAAAAACACAAACUCAAAAGAUAUUUUGAUCGGAAGAUCUCAUCGAAAUUAAAAUCAAGAUCUCAUUCCUAAUGAUAUAAUAUUACCAGAAGAUCGAGUAAUUUCAAGGAUUCAUUGUAAAAUAGUUUGCAAAGACUACUUUAGAAAGGAUUAAAUACUGGACUAAGGAUAUCAAUUUGCAUUAAUGCACAUCAACCUGCCAAAAAUGAUCAAGCAUAAAAUAAGUUAAUUUUUAGAAGAACCAAGAAAUGUUUACAUCUAAGAUUUAGGAAGUAUAUGUGGAACUUACUUGAGAGUAUUCAGAUCGGAGCCUUACUUAUUAUCUAUUGAUACUAAGUUCAGUAUAGGUAGUGAGACCAACUUUAGUAUUGUUUUGAAUGAAACAUAUAAGCAAAAUUUAAAAGAAGUAGAUUAGGAAUUUUACAGAACCUUGAAAAGAUUAAGUUGUUUGAAAUCAUCAUAGAGACAUGAAAUUUAUUUUUAGGACAAACAGAAAUAAUAGGAAUUUCAAUAAUUAGAGGAAGAAACAACAACCACCAAUCCUAGAGAGUAUUAUUAAAAGUUAAAAGAAUAUAAUGUUCCAAUUUUAGGAAUCAAAUUUUCUGGUCAAGGUGUUGACUAAAAUAAACAACAUAACAUCUUAAUAGGCAAAUAAAAUUUAGAUACAGAUGAUUUCUACAUAGGGAGAGGAGCAGAAAAUGCAAUUAAGAUAAAUUAAAACACAAUUUCUAGAAAAUAAUGUAGAAUUAAAUAUUCAGUUAAACAUCAAUCUUGGGUAAUUUCAGAUGGGGCAUUAGAUAGAGAUUCAGCUAAUGGGACUUGGGUGAGCCUUUCAACCGUUGAGUAAUCAGAUAUGAAGAAGGAAUCUAAUUAGAUUAUAUUGAAACACAAUUCUGAAAUCAAAAUAGGAGAUUUCAACCUGAAAGUGGAAUUAGUUAAGGGAUAGAGGCGCAAAUUUGGAUAAUAAAUUAAAGAAUUGCUGUCUGUUUGA